UUUAUUUUUAAAAAAUAAAAUAAAGAGUCAUAUUGGCUCUCUACAUCUAGAGAGCCAAAAUAACUCUUUAUUUUAAAAACACAACGUGCAAAUAUCAAUUAUCACUUCCUCCACUCUUUCCUUAAUUUUAGAACAACAAUUCCCUCAAUCUGCUAGCUCUAGACGUGCCUGUCAAAAACAUAUCAUAUUCACUAUUUUUCUUUACUACUGCUCAGCCAUUUUUUUUAUUUAUCAACAUGAAUUGGCAAGUCACUGGAGAUGGAAUUAUUGAUAUCAAUUCCAACCCAAUUCCUGAUUUUUCAACUCAACCUUCAAAUUCUGAUGAUAUUUCUAUGUCUACCAAUAACUCAGACUUUGUUUUUUCUGUUCCUCCGGAAACUAAUUCUAAAAGAUCACGUAGCGUUAAUUUUAGUGUAGAAGAGGAUCUCCAUAUUGUGUCAUCGUGGCUUAAUAUUAGCAUUGAUGCUUUGCAAGGGAAUGAACAAAAGCAUCGAACGUAUUGGACACGAUUAUGGGAAUACUUCCAUAGAUACAAGAAUUUUGAAUCGGAACGUACACAAAUAUCUUUGAUGAAUCGUUGGUCAACUAUUCAACUAGCUACAAAUAAAUUUUGUGGAUGUUAUGCUCAAAUCGAAUCAAGAAAUCAAAGUGGAAUUAAUGAGCAAGACAAGAUUGCUAAUGCAAAAAUUUUGUUUCGAGAAUUGAACAAAGGAAAAUUUCAAUUUGAGCAUUGUUGGAAUAUAUUAAGAUUUCAGCCAAAAUGGUUAGAAGAUUGUGAAAAGAAAAAACCAGUGAAAAAAAAAGACAAGAUUCAUAUUAAUAAUCCUGCAGAAACGGGGUUGAAUUUAGGAGAUGACAAUAUGACGGGUACAAACUUUGUCGACUUAGAGAGACCUCCGGGAAGAAAAGCUGAAAAGGAAAAAAGGAAAAGAAAGCAUAGAGAGAUGGAAAAUGAAUCGUCCGAUUCAUAUAUAAAUAUAUUGCAGGAAAUGAGAGAGGAAAAAAAGCAAUUCAAUGAAAAAAAAUUAGAUUUAUUUGAAAAAGUGUAUGUUCAAGGACAGGAAAGACUUAUUUAUGAGCAAGAAAAGCUUCGAUUAGAACAAUUAAAAGAAGAAGAAAGAAUAAUGACAAUAGAUACAACCGGAAUGUCUGAAGUGGUCGCGAAUUUUUAUGUUCGAUGUCAAAGUGAGAUCAUUGAAAGAAAAUUUAGAAAUUGUUAGAGUUUUAGUUUUUGUAUUGAAUU